AGAGAGAGAGACAGACAGAAGACAAGAUGAAGGCCCUACUCGUUCUGGUGAUGAUGUUCCUCGGGGCCUCUGCCCACCUCUGCCCGAAGACCUGUGCAGAUAAUUCAACAGUUAAACUACGAGAGAAUUAUGCUAUUGAGCCAUGCACUGGUCAUGUUGCUUGGUACAAAUUGGGCUCCUACUGUGUUAAGCACAUCAACCAGAUGUUGGACUAUACGUCAGCUGAGAAUCACUGCAAAUCUGUGAAGUCUGGUGCUCAUCUGGUAUCAAUCCACAAUGCUGAGGACAACAAUGCCGUGGAUGAAUUCAGUCAGUGGAGCAGCCGACAUGACCCUCGCAUCUGGCUCGGUGGUCAUGCAGUAAAUGACCCUUCACAGGUGUUAAUAAUCAUAAUAACUUUACUUCCGGCGCCGACAGAGAUGACCCACAUAGGGGUACAGGAGUUCCGGGAGGUGGGCUUGUUGCCUUUGUAG